UUUCGAAUUGUGGACAAGAGUGAUAGAUGUCUUCCAUCUAUAGAAUAUCACACAUUGAUAUUAUUUUGUUUACGAAUAAUAUCUGUUUGGAAAUUCAUUGCUGUGUAAUAAUUACGAAUACAACCCUGGACACACAAUAAUUGACAACCGGUCAAACUUUAGAUGCUUAUUAUUAUUGCUACAUUUUUCUUAAAUAAUUAAAUAUUUGUGUACAAAUUAGUUAAGAAAUAUUCGCGACAGUGCAAAAGAAAUUCAAUAAUAAUUAUUCUUUAAAUCGUUAUGAGCUUUAGAGAUUUGGACUUUAGUACUACUCGACAGCUUUUUUUUAUCGUGGUUGUUCUGCUGGCUAUAUUUUUAGCAAAAAGGAUUAUAUUCAGUGAUUUUGAAAACGAAUCUUAACCAACAACUUUCUGGAAAAAAAGUGUCGAAACAUGUCAACAGCCACCAAUCGACGUGUUUCAUAUUUUUAUAAUCCAGAUGUUGGUAAUUUUCAUUAUGGUCCCGGACAUCCAAUGAAGCCGCAUCGCUUAUCUGUAACUCAUAGUCUUGUUAUGAAUUACGGACUUCAUAAAAAGAUGAAAAUCUACCGGCCUUACAAAGCUAGUGCACAGGACAUGCUACGUUUCCAUAGUGAGGAAUAUAUCGACUUUCUUCAAAAAGUUACUCCCCAAAAUAUUCAGUGCAAUACCGUAGGAUACACAAAAUAUCUGUCUCACUUCAGCGUGGGCGAAGACUGUCCAGUAUUCGAUGGUCUAUUUGAGUUUUGCGCGAUGUACACAGGAGCCUCUCUGGAAGGGGCCCAAAAGUUGAAUCACAACCACAGUGAUAUAUGCAUUAAUUGGUCAGGAGGCUUGCACCAUGCAAAAAAAUUCGAAGCAUCAGGUUUUUGUUAUGUUAAUGAUAUAGUGAUAGGCAUACUUGAAUUACUUAAGUACAACCCACGAGUUUUGUAUAUUGAUAUUGACGUGCACCACGGCGAUGGCGUACAAGAGGCAUUUUAUCUCACGGAUCGUGUUAUGACUGUAUCAUUUCACAAAUAUGGAAACUACUUUUUCCCUGGGACUGGCGAUAUGUAUGAAAUUGGUGCGGAAUCGGGCCGAUACUAUAGCGUAAAUGUCCCACUAAAAGAAGGCAUUGACGAUCACAGUUAUUUCCAAGUUUUUAAACCAAUAAUUUCGGCUGUUAUGGACUUCUAUCGCCCUACCGCGAUCGUAUUACAAUGUGGCGCAGACUCGCUUGCUGGUGAUCGGCUAGGAUGUUUUUCACUCAGCACUCGUGGUCACGGCGAGUGCGUUAAAUUUGUUAAAGAAUUAAAUGUGCCAACGUUGGUAGUUGGCGGUGGAGGAUAUACUUUACGUAAUGUAGCUCGCUGCUGGACACACGAAACAUCAUUACUUUUAGACGAAAAUAUAUCGAAUGAUUUACCAAUGUCCGAGUAUUUAGAAUUUUUCGCACCUGAUUUUACGCUUCAUCCUGAUGUGAACUCACGCCAGGAAAACGCUAAUUCUAAACAAUAUUUGGAAUUGAUAGUGAAACAUGUGUAUGAGAAUCUAAAAAUGUGUCAACAUUCACCAAGCGUGCAAAUGGUACAAAUUCCCCCUGACGCACUUGAUAUGGAGGAAGUGCGAGUUAAGGAAGAAUCUGACCCAGAUGUUCGAAUAUCACAGGCUGAAGAAGAUAAAAUGGUGGAGCCCAAAAAUGAAUUUUAUGGUGGAGAUGCGGAUCAAGAUAAAGGCGACACGGCUGAAAGUUAAAAUAUGUUGUGCGAGUAAUGCGAUGGAAAGCUGUGUUUAAAAUAUAAAAAUUUAUAUAUUGUUUUUAAGUUUAAUUAUAAUAAUAUUUUAUAUAAACUUUUA